AUGGCUCCUGCCAAGGACGCUGCCGGCGACGUCGCGUGCAAGAAGAACAAGGGCCUGAAGAACCACAAGAAGGCGCAGAAAGAGAAGGCGCUGGCGAAGCGCACCGCCGCCGCCGAGAAGAUUACCGCGAAUAAGGUUUCGUAUGCGCCGGUCGCUACCAUCGUUAUCCAUAAGACUGCUCCCGUGCAGGAAGACGUUAUUGGAAAUGCAGUAUCGGCGCCCAUGGUAAAGGCUUCUGCGCAGGUUACCGUGGAGUCGUCCGAUCUCUCUCUCGACGAGUUGGCCACUCAAGAGAAGGCCGUCACCAAUGUCGAGGCUUCUACUGGGACUCACACUACCACCGGUAUCAAGACCGCCACGCCGCAACCGCACCUCUGCACACAUUUGCCCGUCGUUGUAUUCGAAGACGCCCCUACUGGCUCCAAGAACAACGCUGCAACCAAGGUCGGCAGCACCCCAACCAAACUCGAGCAAGAGCCCAAAACUAUAUCUUAUCCCAAGACCGCUCCCUCUCCUCCAACACUCAACUCUGCACAAGUCAGCCUACUCAAGACUGCUCCUUCCCCUCCAAAACACACCACUACCCAAGCAAGCAUGCUCAACCCCACCGCCCCAGCAUUCCUCUUCGGAAAGAUCGUAGUCGCCCAAACCCCACCGGCCAAAAUCACCCUCACAAAGGAAGACCUCGCACCGGGAUGGCUUACCGAAAACGCAAAAGCGUUUGAAAAGGCAUAUGGUGUUGCCGCCCUGCGCAAGGCUCUAGAAGCAGCGCUGUACGAGAAUAUGGAGACGCCGCGCCAGAGGCUGAUUCGCUGCAAGUACAGGGUUCCUGUUGACGCCGAGUUCCAUUGGGAUGAGCCGGCGUAUGAUUUGGAGGGGGCGUUGGCCUUGAUUAGCAAGCCAGUCCGCAAGUGUUUUGACGACAAUGGCUUUGAGAUCACGCCGAUAAAGACUGGGCUGACUGAAGCCGAUUUGACGAUGCCAUCAGCUCUCGACAAAUUGUUCGCAAAAGUCAAGGCUGAAGGCAUCUCCAAGAUCAGCGCUCCCAUCUCCACGGGUUACAAAUCCCCCAUCCCCGGUGCUGCAUCCACAAAGCCGCCAAUUCCGUCUCGCACCCUAGCGUCCAUCGAAGCUGAAAUGCGUCUCGCCGCCCCCAAACGCCCUUCCCACGCACCCUCGUUCGCAGACCCCGGUAUCGUAAAGUACACCUUCCACGGCCAGGAUUUCGACAACGUCGGCAACCCGCUCACGGAAACCGUGAGCCAAAAGGUACUUGGCUGGCUUGAAGACCAACCAACGGAUCCACCGGAACUCUCACCGGGUUCUUCGCGGCAGCAGAGCCGCGAGGCUUCGCCGCUUGAGCCUGGGGAGGAAAUCGCGCCUCUGACCUUCGAUUCCAAGCCGCCUUCGUCGGAGGGAGGACAGGUUUGGCCCGCGCAGGAGAGCCUGCCCUGGGAUGGCCUGCAAGAUGGGUAUGCUUACGGAUCCGGUGUCCCGGUGUACCCGUACAUUGCUUCUGUCGUUCGAGUCUCUGAAGCCCUUCCUGGUUCAUGCGGAGAACCCGAGUAG